CGAACUUGACUCGGCUAGUAAGAGGAUGGCUGGCCGCUGCUGAGCUGCUACCUCUGCUCUCUCGGAAGGGAAAGUCCAGGUACGUCGACGAGGAUAACCCGCCGGAGGAGAAGGCGGCACGAACGGAGAACUUUUCCGACUCUAGGAUUUUAGUCGACAAAAAGAGCGGUUCUUCUUCUUCUUCUUUUUUUUUUCCCCCCCUCGGGAAGACGGGAGGGUUUUUUUUUUGGGAACCAUGCCUGCUGAAGUGAAACAGGAGCAGAGCCCCAGCAACGCCACUUCUAUGGCCAUGAUGCAGGAGCCGCAGGACGUGGUGGAGGAGACGGUCACCAUAGAAGAGGACCCUGGUACCCCGACUUCCCACGUUUCCGUCGUCACCUCUGACGACGGGACCACGCGGCGCACAGAAACUAAGGUGACCAAAAUGGUGAAGACAGUGACCACACGAACGGUGCGACAGGUUCCUCUUGGUCCCGAUGGCUUGCCUAUGCCUGAGGGCUCGUCCCCUUUGGGAAGCUACACAGACUCCAUUGACCGGCGCUACAUGAAGAACGGCGGCGAUCGUUUCAUUACCCCUCAAGCUUCGUCCACCUUGACACGCUCCUACAACAACUCCUACAAUGAUUCCUACGGUGAAACGCCUGAGAGUCAGUACAUCCGCCACUACGGUCUGCACGAUGGCUACACUGAUUUGACAGACAACUACGGCAGCCUGUCACGAGGCAUCAACUUCAGACCGCCCCGCUACCCCUACAUGCCUAACAGCUAUCGGCCAGAGAACAGCUACACACUGCCAAAUCGUAAGGAUGACUACGGUCACAUGGCCCAACCCCAGGUGCCUAUGGGUAGCAGCACGGUGGACCUGAAUCGCUCGCAGCCUGAGCGCUUUCAGGCCGAACCGUAUGGUCUGGAGGACGAUCGCCGCAGCUUCGGCCCCGAGGACGAGGAGCCAUAUGAGCUCGAGCCUGACUAUUCCACCGCGAACCGACGCACACUAAAAGGAGCCAACCGGGGUCGCACCCACAGGGAACCUCUUCGUGAUGGGCCCAGAGUCAGAGGCUACCCAGAUGAACCCAUUGACACAGAGCUGAUCGAUGAACGCCACCCUUACAUCCAGGGCAUAUAUUCUGCGCCACUGGCCCAGCCAGAGCGGGGUAGCAUGGCCAGUCUGGACCGCAUGGGCGGUCGGCGCUCGCCCUCGAUCGACAGCAUCCGUAAGGAUCCACGCUGGCGUGACCCAGACCUCCCAGAAGUCAUCGCCAUGUUGGCCCACCCCAUCGACCCCGUCAAAUCCAAUGCCGCAGCUUAUUUGCAGCACCUGUGCUAUGAAAAUGACAAAAUCAAAAAGGACGUGCGUCACCUCAAAGGAAUCCCGGUCCUGGUGGGGCUCCUGGACCACCCCAAGUCUGAGGUCCAUCGCAAGGCCUGCGGUGCCCUGCGCAACAUCUCUUAUGGCAAGGACAAUGACAAUAAGGUGGCGAUCAAAAACUGUGACGGAAUUCCUGCCCUCGUCCGCCUCUUGAGGAAGACCAAUGACAUGGAGGUUCGAGAGCUCAUCACUGGAACUCUUUGGAACCUUUCCUCCUAUGAACCCUUGAAGAUGGUGAUCAUCAACCACGGUAUGCAAACAAUGACCAACGAGGUCAUAAUCCCACACUCUGGUUGGGAGCAUGAACCAAACGAGGACUCCAAGCCACGCGACGCAGAGUGGACCACUGUCUUCAAGAACACAUCUGGGUGCCUAAGAAACGUAAGCUCAGAUGGGGCGGAGGCUCGACGCAGACUGAGGGAGUGUGACGGACUGGUGGACGCCCUGCUGCACGCCCUCCAGUCAGCUGUAGGGAAGAAAGAUAUGGACAAUAAGUCUGUGGAGAACUGCGUCUGCAUCAUGAGGAACCUGUCCUACCACGUCCACAAGGAAGUGCCGGGGGCCGACAGGUUCCAAGACCCGUCGGCACCGCAGGCCCCCGGCUCUGCGGGGCCACAGAGGAAGAAGAAGGACGACGCUGGCUGCUUUGGAGGCAAGAAAGCCAAAGAGGAAUGGUUUAAUCAAGGUAGAAAAAAUGGUGAGAAUGACAAAAACUAUGACACAUUGGAUCUUCCCAAGCGUACUGAGCCAUCUAAAGGUUUUGAGCUGCUGUAUCAGCCAGAGGUAGUGAGGCUCUACCUUUCUCUCCUGACGGAGAGUCAGAACUACAACACCCUGGAGGCCGCUGCGGGUGCUCUGCAGAACCUUGGUGCCGGACAAUGGACUUGGUCUAACUACAUCCGGGCCACCGUGCGUAAAGAGAAAGGUCUCCCCAUCCUGGUAGAGCUGCUGCGGUCCGACUCCGACAAGGUGGUCCGAGCCGUGGCCAUCGCCCUUCGCAACCUCUCCAUCGACCGCCGCAACAAGGACCUAAUUGGAAGUUAUGCCAUGCGGGACUUGGUCAGUAAUUUGCCAAGCGGACAGCAGCGACCAGCCAAGAACUUGGAGGAGGACACGGUGGUGGCCAUCCUCAACACCAUCCAUGAGAUCGUCACGGACAGCUCCGAAAACGCUCGCUCCCUCAUCCAAGCCCAGGCCAUCGAGAAGCUGGUGGCGAUUAACAGGACCAGUCAGUCGCCCAGAGAAACGAAGGCAGCGUCUCAUGUGCUGCAAACGGUGUGGAGUUAUAAGGAUCUAAGGAACGCCUUGACAAAGGACGGCUGGAGCAAGAGCCAUUUCCAGGUACUGGAUAAGUCACCCACAGCGGCGGCAACCCCCAAAGCAACCAAGAACGGCAAACCGGGCUAUGAUGACACGACGCUUCCCCUGAUGGAGAAGAACCAAGAUGGUUACUCCACCAUCGACCAGAGGGACAAAGACUGCAAAUACAAGACAGGCGACAGCUCCGUGGACCUGACAGAACGGGAACCAUUAAAGAAUGACACAAGUAGGAAACUCUAUAUCAGGAGUAACAGGCCUGCGGUCAGUCUGGUGGACGCUUGUGAUGUUAAGCCCCAGCCUGUUGAUUCCUGGGUCUAAAUGCAUGCAUGGCUUAAAAUAAAAAAACAAGCGAGGGGAGAGCCACACCAGGAGGGUCUCUCACAUCACCACUGCCAUUUCAUAAGGAGCUCACAUUUGGGAGCUGAACUUUGUACAGAUAGAGGAUUUUAAAGAUAAUAACACCGAUGACCAGAACGGCGACCAGCAUUAUAUAUAUGAAGAAGAAAAAACAACAACAACAACAACACAAUAUGAAGUGACACUUCCUACUGCUUUUACAUUUCUACAUUCCCACUGGACUAGCAUGUGAAUUCUACAGUGUUGACUCUUGCUGAGCUCUGCAAGUUACGGGGGCCACGCGGAGGCGACCCAGGUGGGCGGACCUGACGAGGGCAGGUGAGUGGGGAAAGGAAGGAAUCUUUUUUUUUUUAGCUUGCUUUCACACCUGGAGGACUUACGGAUGGUUCAAUUUCUUAGUCAGACUUUUUUCAGUUUGUUGUGGCUUUGCUGUUUUUUUUUGGACGUGAGCAAGUUUUGGGAUUGGAGUGUUUGAAAGAUACUGGAUGUCCGACGGCGAGGGUGAUGAAUAAAUAAAUGAAUAAAAGGAGCGGUAACAUGUACACUUAGGGCCUGAUUUACUAAGAUCCAAAUGCCUCGUGCUAAACAGCGUGUGCAAUCUAUACAAUAGCGUCUACAUGUCGCGUGUGAUCUACUAAGACUGUGUGUGCAGUUAAAAAGUGGUGCAGACCGUUUUAUUUACGUAGGAUUUUGCGUAUAUUAUACUGAGCAUCACCAGGGAGACACUCAUUUACUGCAUGUCCAUUUUGCUAUUUUUAUACAAGCCACUUUUUAUGGGCAUUUUUGUUAUGGUUCGGAGGGGAGGUGACGGCAACAGACACCAGGGGGUUGUCGUGUUCGAUGAUUUAUUACAAACCCCGUUUCCAUAUGAGUUGGG